CGGCUGCGCUCAGUGCGCACACCCCUCCAUCCACAUCCGCAUGCACUAAGCAAGGACCAUGGAUGCAACCCUCUACCAGAUCGGGGAGCUGGUGGAUUUAAAUUGUACUUGGCUGGACGCGUUUUCUGACACUGUUUGGGAAAACGCUCCACUCCUCCUAAGCACUGACGGUUUAUAUUGCAGCGCCACCACUGAUGAGAUUGGGACCUGCUGGCCACGGAGCAGCACCGGGAAGAUUGUGGAGAGACCCUGUCCUGAGUACAUCAAUGGUGUGAAGUACAACACCACCAGGAGUGCUUACAGAGAAUGCAUGGAAAAUGGGACAUGGGCACUCAAGAGCAAUUAUUCAAACUGUGAGCCCAUUUUGGAGGAGAACAGAAAGUAUCCUGUGCAUUACAAGAUAGCCCUGAUCAUCAACUACCUGGGCCACUGCAUCUCUGUGGGGGCGCUAUUGGUGGCUUUCAUUCUCUUCCUCUGCUUGAGAAGCAUCCGAUGUCUCCGCAACAUCAUCCACUGGAAUCUGAUCACCACCUUCAUCCUGAGGAACAUCAUGUGGUUCCUGCUGCAGCUCAUAGACUACAACAUCCACGAGAGCAACGAGCCAUGGUGUCGCUUGAUCACGACCAUAUACAACUACUUUGUGGUCACCAACUUCUUCUGGAUGUUUGUGGAGGGGUGUUACCUCCACACCGCCAUCGUGAUGACCUACUCCACAGACAAGCUGCGGAAGUGGGUUUUCCUCUUCAUCGGGUGGUGUAUUCCAUGUCCAAUAAUAAUAGCCUGGGGCAUCGGGAAGCUAUACUAUGAAAACGAACAGUGCUGGUUUGGGAAGGAACCUGGAAAAUACAUCGACUACAUUUACCAAGGGCCUGUUAUUCUCGUGCUUCUGAUAAACUUUGUUUUCCUCUUCAACAUCGUCAGAAUACUAAUGACCAAACUGCGAGCUUCAACCACAUCUGAGACGAUACAGUACAGAAAAGCGGUGAAAGCCACGCUGGUGCUGCUUCCUCUGCUAGGCAUCACCUACAUGCUCUUCUUUGUCAACCCGGGGGAGGACGACAUCUCGCAAAUUGUCUUUAUCUAUUUCAACUCCUUCUUGCAGUCUUUCCAGGGCUUCUUUGUGUCUGUCUUCUACUGCUUCCUGAACGGAGAGGUUCGCUCUGCGGUGAGGAAAAGGUGGCACCGCUGGCAGGACAACCAUGCCCUGAGGGUGCGAGUGGCCCGAGCCAUGUCCAUCCCUACCUCACCCACAAGGGUCAGCUUCCACAGCAUCAAGCAAACCACUGCUGUGUGACACAGUGGAACACACACACACAUCCACAUCGACUGAGGGAUGAGACUUUAUCUUCUGCACAACCACAGAAGACUGUAAUCCGCUAACUAGAUGGUCGUGUGGCUACAGGUGAGAUGACUUUCCUUGCUCCCUGAUAAGAACAAUGGGCCUCAUUCACGAAUAUCUUCUUAAAAGUCUUCUUAAAAAGUGUACUUAAGAAGGCGUGGGUUGGAAACUGCACCACAUUCACGACACGUUCUUAAGUAGGGAUAAUCGUUCGCACCGGUGUUCUUAGGUUGAUGAAUGCCAACAGCGAUGCCCGUGCAUAUGAGGCCGAAUUUGCAUAGGUCACCGCCUAUUAUUUCCUAUAUAAGGUCAAAAAUGUGCCGUGCGCAUGUUGUUAUCUGGGGGUGCUAUGUGCGCAAUAGACACACCACGUUUCAUUGCGAUGUUAUUCUGAUGAUCCUGCACACCUGCAAGAACAGAGAGGGAAGCCUGAAGCCUGAAGCGGGACAUCAAAUAUUCGUGGCUUUCAGCAAAUAAAUCUAAUGGUCCCUUUACAUUCUCUCUCUGCGCAGCGCACGUCCAGCCAGCUAUUUUUUUUUUUUUUGAUGAAUUGGGAUUUGAAUAUAUAUUUAUCCAUGGAGUAUAUUUUAGUUGUUUUGAUGAUAAAUAAUUGUUGGGAUAUUUUAUUUGCACUACAUUUUUUGGGAUCAGGUUGCAAAAUCCAUCAUGAGGGCGAUUGCGCAUUGAAAGUGCAAGCUUUGCUUGUGCGUAAGAGUCCUCCUGAGCGUUCGUGGAAUUUGUUCUUAGAUCUAAGAACUGUGAGUUAAGAACACGUUUUGUGAAUGCCAAAAAUCUUCGUAAGAAGGCUUUAAGAACACAUUUGUGCGCAAGAACGUUUCGUGAAUGAGGCCCAAUGACGCUGCAGUUUAAUGGACAACAUAAGCAGGAUUAUUCAUCAUGAGUGCAAGUCAAAGCGGGAAGUCUCGAUGGUCCGAUCAAGCAUGGUGUUACCAUUUUUGUCUGAUGAUGUCACACUUGCUGUCGUUUUAUCAUUAAAUUAUAAGAGGGAACAUUUUUUAAUUUAAGUCGCAAUGUCAAUGUAUCCCAACGACUAAAGAAAUGGAAAAAUGUGGUAAGACAAUGAAAGCACAGCCAGAAGCCAUUUCUUUCAUUUCUUUCUUGCGAAACGAGAUCAAAGGAUUAAGUUGGUGUAUCGGGAACAAUAUUCAUGGUCCAAAUAAGCCAUCUUAACUGUACAGUGGAAAAUUAAGUUUGAAAAGUAAAAAAAAGUCUUAUUGUUAUUGAUACAACAAAAAGUCAUGUUUCAAGUUUGCAAGAAGAAAGAUGUAAGAUUAUGAAAUGUUAUCAUAUAACAAUGAAGUCAUAAUAGUACGUGAAAAAUGGCAUAACGUCGUAAGAAAAAUGUUGCAGUUUCACCAAAAGGCAUAAUAGCAUGAGAUAAAUGUGGUAAUGUUACAAGAAUAAAGCCGUAAAAAUGUAAUGUUGGAAAAAUAAAGUGGUAAUGUUAUGAGAAAAAUGUUGGAAAAUUAUGAGAAAAAUUUGGUUUCAAGAAAAAUGUAGUAAUGUUGCAAAAAUAAAGUAGUAAUAUUACAAGAAAAACAUGUAAAAAAUGUCAUAAUGUUACACGAAUAAAGUGGUAAUUUUAAACGACGGGAAAAAAUGUGGUUUCAAGGAAAAAUGGUAGUGUUUCAAAAUUAAGGAGUAGUGACAUUACAAGAAAAAUGUAAUGUUGGAAAAAUGAAGUGGUAUUAUGAGACAAAUCUUGUAGAAUUGCAAGAAAAAUUUGGCUUAAAAAAAAAUGUGGUAAUGUUGCGAGAAUAAAGUGAUACAAUUUGAGGAAACGUGGUAGAAACAUUGGUGUAAUGUUACACCAAUAAAGUGGUAACAUCAAGAGAAAAAGGUUGUAAAAUGAUGAGGAGAUGAGAAAAAAUGUAUUUCAAUGAAUAUAUGGUAAUGUUUCAAGAAUAAAAAUGUAAUGCUACCAUAAAAAUGUAAUGUCAUUAGAAUAAAGCUGUGAUAUUACAAGAAAAAUGUAAUGUUGGAAAUAUAAAGUCGUAAUGUUGUGAGAAAAAUGUCGAAAUGUUACACGAAUAAAGUGGUAAUAUUAUGGGAAUAAUUCUGUUAAAAUUACAAGAACAUUUUGGUUUCAAGGAAAAUGUAGUAAUGUCACAAAAAUAAAGCGGUAAAAUUAGUUCAGUUCAGUUCACGAUUCAACAUGUCUGAAAAGGAGUAGGAAGAAGCAGAGCUUAUUUAAUCACACCCCUUCUUCAAACUACAAUGGCUAUUUAUUUAUUUAAUAAUUCCUUUAUUUUUCCUUUUCUCACUUCCUGUGUUCAUUAUACACUGUUUACACAAAGCAAAAAAUGACAAGAAAUAUGUGGUAACGUGGGCCGCACGGUGUUCUAGUAGUUAGCAUGUUGGCCACACAGUCACAGUCAGGAGAUCGGGAAGACCUGGGUUAGAUUUUAAUGCUCCGUUGGGCAUUUCUGUGUGGAGUUUGCAUGAUCUCCCCGUGCGUGUGUGGGUUUUCUCCGGGAACUCCGGUUUCCUCCCAAAUUCCAAAAACAUGCAUGUUAGGUUAAUUGGCGACUCUAAAUUGUCCAUAGGUAUGAAUGUGAGUGUGAAUGGUUGUUUGUCUAUAUGUGCCCUGCGAUUGGCUGGCGACCAGUCCAGGGUGUACCCCGCCUGUCGCCCGAACUCAGCUGGGAUAGGCUCCAGCAUACCCUCGUGACCCUAAUGAGGAGAAGCGGCAUAGAUAUUUGAUGGAUGGAUGUGGUAAAGUCAUGAGAAUAGAGUCGUAAAAUUUCAAGAAAAAUGUUAUAAUGCUACAUGAAUAAAAUGGUAAUAUUAUGAGAAAAUGUGCAGUGAAAUUAUGAGAAAAAAUUGGUUUCAAGGCAAUGUUACAAGAAUAAAGUGGUAAUAUUAUGAGAAAAUGUCAUAAUGUCAUGUGAAAAUGACAUAAUAGUAUGAGUAAAUGUGGGCAUUUUACAAGACAAAAUUGAGUGAUGUUACAAUAAUCCAGUGGUAAUAUUACAAAAACAUGUUAUAAUGUUAGAGAAUAGCGUCGUAAUAUUAAUAGAACAAUGUUAAUGUUUCUCAAGCAAGUUUAAUGAGGUGGGUUUUAGCGUGAGUCUUGAAGGGGUGCAGGUCAGUGCAGUUACAGGUGAGUGCAGGGAGCGAGUUCCAGAGUGAAGGGGCAGCGAAACUAAAGGAUCUGUUGCCCCGGGUCCGCUGCUUGGCUAUUCAGGGUGGUGACAGGAGAUUGGCGUCAGAGGAGCGAAGUGGGGAGUGAAGGCGGAGGAGGUCUGUGAGGCAAAGGGGAUCAGAUUGUGUAAUGCUUUAAAAGUGAGUAAAAGGAUUUUAAACUGUAUACGAUAUUGGACAGGAAGCCAGCGGAGGUUUCGGAGGACGAGGGUGAUGUCACAAGGGCGAGUGUGAAUGAGUAAGCGGGAAGCAGAGUUCUGAAUAUACUGAAGUUUAUUGAGGGCUUUGUAUGGAGGACCGUAGAACAUGUUGUUACAAUAAUGGAGUCUUAAGAACGUUUAAAGGAAAAUAUAGUCAUGUUAUGAGAAUAAAGUGGUGACAUUACGAAAAGACACAUAAUGUUGCAAAAAAAAGUGGUAUUAUUACAAGGAAAGUGGCGUAAUGUUAUGAUAAAAAAUGUUUCAUUUUUGCUAAAUUUGUUAUUCCCGUAAGAGUAGAUUUGAGUUUCCUUUAUCUUCUAAGAGUAUAGUUUAUUUCACCCAACAAUUCUACUUCAGUCGGGUCAGAUUACGUUGUUUUCCACGAAAAAUACACCUUUAUUCUCCAUUGUGAAUUGAAAAAUUUUCUUGAAAAAAUGCAACUUUUUUUGUAAUAUUACGACUAUAUUCUUCAUUUAUUCUUUUUAUUUUACGAAUAAAUGUUUUUUUUUCAUUUUCAAACUAUUAUUUUUAUUCCUUAAUUAUUUCACUCUGCUUUAUCUUUUCUGUCGAAUAGUUUAGCCCAAUUUUUUUUUGUUACAUAAUAAGCUUGUAGUUGUAGCCUCAUGUGUUAAAAGCUGUUAGGCUAAUCAAGAAGUGGACAUCUUAAAGAAGCCAAUGCUACAUUACAUAGACAUGUGCUAUACAGUUGAACCCAUAGACAUAGAUAGACGCAGCAUCGAGUGGGUUUGUCCACUGCUGCGAUACGUCAACAUCGCCGCCCUAUUGGAUGGGUCAAGGCUGCGCUGUAAAUGAAUACAAGUCAAUGUACUUACAUUUAUAAAGCGCCUUUCUACAAAGACAUGUAAGUGAAUUCCUCUUGUUUAUACUGAACUAUCCCUUUAAACACCAUCAGUAGUCUAUGAAGAGGGUCGCUUAGCUUAGCUGAGUCUAGCUUAGCAAAUACACAGAACAUAACCAUUUAAAUUGGUAAUGAAUUAACAAAUUAACUAGUAAUGAACUAGUUAAUUAAUCAAUCAAGCAAUCAAAAUAUUGGUGUUGGUCAUCAUAAGACAGUUUUGAGUGAAGGUAGCUAAAAAAAAUUCACUUUCUAGGAUAAGAUUUAGCCACAUUUUUGACAUGUGGAGUGAGCUAACAAUAUCUAGCUAGCCAGCUAGCUGUUUCGACAUGCUUUGCAACAUCCCAAAACAAUACAAAUGGUUACAAUAUCAAGUGAAAAUGACCUGAAACCAUUCAACCAUACAGUAUAUUCCCAAGUAUUAUCAUUUAUGUGCAUAUUUUCAUCAUGACACUAAGUUCUUUUAUGGUUUAAAAAUAAUAAUGUUAUUUAUAUAUUUAUUUACAAUUCCUUUUCAUAAGUAAAUGAAUGGCAUUUAUCAUCAACUGUGACUAACUGUAUGUGUGUCUUAUACUGUACAUGAAUCCUAAGAAUAUACUGUACAAUGUAAAAUAUAAAUUUCAUAUUUGUAUUUUGUACAAAUUUGUUACAUUACAAAGGGGCAUUGUGCAUAUAUACAGACAGUAUUUGUAAUAUUUCUCUACUUGUGCAGCUACACAUGUGUACAUAUGUGUA